AAUCUCAUUUUCGUAUCCUUUUGUUCACAUUCUUUCUUUUUUCUAUGAACCUUCCGAACGCCCCCGGAUUUGGAGAAUGAAAAAUUUGUAGUUCAACCAAAUACAGCCGCCUAAAUAAAAUCCGAAGAUACAGUCACAUCAAAAGAGUGUAGGGUUAAAAGUUCAAUAUAUAUCCCUUCGUGCAUUUCACCUUUGAGUGUCACAGCUCACAGAGUAAGAAAUGGAGUCGAGAACUGCAGCUGCGUUUAUGACGAUGAUGAUGAUGAUGUCUGUUAUGGUUUGUCUCAAGAUGAUUACAACAAACGCAACCGAGUCAACUCAAUACGAGUCACCCGAGUACACACUGGUUCACUCCGAGUCAGAUUAUGAAAUCAGGCUCUACCGAGUCGCUGCCUGGAUGAUCGCUCCUGUUAAAUCUCAAAUCUCCUUCGAAAAAGCCACUCGUAAUGGCUUCCACAGGUUGUUUCAGUAUAUUGAAGGUGCAAACUUAAACUCGUCUCGUGUCCCAAUGACAAUCCCCGUCUUGACAAGCAUAGUCCCAGGAGCAGGACCACUUCGUUCAUCGGGUUACUCUGUGCAGUUCUAUUUGCCUGUUAAAUUUCAAGCAACCCCUCCACUUCCUCUCCCAGAAUUGGAACUUGAACCUGAUCACUGGAAUAGCCGUUGCAUUGCUGUGAGAAAGUUUUCUGGAUUUGCCAAGGAUAAAAACAUUGUCACCGAGGCAGAAAAACUGGCCAUCAGCUUGAGCAGGUCUCCGUGGGCAAAUUAUACUUCUUCUGAAACUGAAUAUGCCUACUCAAUCGCCCAGUACAAUUCUCCUCUGCGUUUCAUAGGGCGAUUAAAUGAAGUGUGGGUGGAAGUCGAUGGCUGUCAAUCUAACCUUCUUAUAGCUGCUUCCUGAGAUUAUACGGAUUUCAUGCUCUCAUUUCGAGUGUACAUGAUGACGCACUUUGGUUCUUGUUUGGUGUAUUUGCAGUAAUCUAGUAGACAGUGAUGUCCCUUCUAAUUCAUAUCUCAGCAAAUCUGAAAUAAGACAUCACUGUAUCUAAAUAUGCUUCAUAUUAGUGGUGUAUAUGGCCUUUUCGUUGAAAGUCCGGAAAACUAUAUAUUGAUCCAACUAGACAGGUUGCAUUGAUCUGGAGUUUGGAUCAGUUCAUAACUUCA